AUGCAUAAUUCAAAUAUGCAUUCAAAAAAUAAUAUGAAUACGAACAAUAAUAAUGGUACCAAUAAUAAUAAUAAUAAUAACAAUAAUAACCAAAAUGAUAAUUAUAGUGACUAUACAGAUUAUAGAUCAUAUAAAAAGAAAAAAGUUAGUCAUGACAAUAGCGGAGGAAACUCAUCGACAAAUAAUCCAAAUUCAUAUAUGACACAGUCACAGCAGCAGAGAUAUCAACAAAACUAUUAUAAUAAUCAGCAACAACAACCUCAACAACAAUAUCAACAACAACAACAACACCAAUAUCAUCAACAGCAUCAUCACCAUCACUAUCAACAAUACCAGCAACAAAUUAACUAUAGAAAUAUCAAAAACAAUAGUUUAUAUAAUGAAAUUUUAGAUCAAAUACAAUUUAGUGAUGAUGAUUUACUUAAAACAGUUAAUAUUUGGGUAGAGCUAUUUAAUAACGAUAUGAAGAAAAGUGAAAAUGACUUGAUGGCUUUAAUCAAUCAAUCUUACCCAUUCGACGCAAAGACUUUAAUGGAUAGUGUAAUUUCAACAUUUUGCAUGUAUAGACCAGAGUAUAUAUCAAUGAUUAUCGAAACAUUAGCGAACCGGAUCUAUAACCACCAAUUUAAUUAUCGAUUUAGUCUCCCGCCAUUUUAUGCUUUUAAAAAAUUAUUUUUAUUUGAUGAAGGUAAAGAAGAUAAAGAGCAAGAUCAAUCUAAUAAUUAUAAAAACAACCAAAAAUAUCAACAACAGCCACAAAUGAACUAUACAUAUGGUAUUGGUGGUGGUUUAGUAACCCCAAUUCAAUCAUUAUACACUAUUAAUAGAGUAAUCCAAUUACAAGAUACUCAUUUCGUUCCACUUCAAAUCCUAUAUGAAUUGACUUGUUUUAAUUUAGUUUAUUUUUUAAAAAAUAAAGACAGCAUAAAUUUAAAAAUACCAUCACCUUCAUCAACAGCAAUAGCAACAACAAAUAAAUCUAAUGAAAUAACAAAUAGAAAGAAAAAUCAGGAUGAAGCAUUUUUAAAUAUUAGUGUUUGGAUAUUUGAUUGUUUAAUUAGAUCACCAGUUUCAAUAAUCGAAAGCUACUUUUAUAAAUUAUUAGAUAUUCAUAAUCAAGUUUCGCAAACUCAUAGAAAGAAACCAUUUAUAACUCUUAGCAAAUACAUUAAAAAUUCAAAUAUCACCGAAAGUGAAUUGGAAUCAAUUCUGCCAACUUCAAUUAGAAAACACAUUGUAUCAUUGUUUUUAAGUCCAGACUCCUUAUCAGUUGAUUCCAAAAAAGCUCAAUACAUUCUUCAUUCACUUGUACCAAUAUUAGUAAAAUAUCAAAGUAAAUUCAUUUCAAAGGAUUACCAUUUCAUUUUAAUUCAUUAUUUUUCAAAUACAAAUAACUCAUUUAUUCAUAGACUGAUACAUAAUUUAAUUUCAUUAUCUACUAUUGAUAAUAAUUUAGUUAUAAAUCUAUUAGAAUUUUUAAUGAAUAAUAAAUUUGACAACUUAACUUUACAAAAUCACAUAUUACCACCCAUUUUACAAGGUCUAAAUGAAGAUUUAAUUAAAGAAAAAUCAAAAAUAAUAUUAAAAUCAAUUAUAAAUUCAAAAUUAAAUAUUAUAUUGUUUGGCAAAAAUUAUUCAAUUAAUAAUAACAAAAACAAUAACAAUAAUAAACAGCAACAGGAAGAAAAUAAUAAUUUGAUUUACUUUUCAGAAACAAAUAGUUUAAAAGGUUCAAAAAUUUUAGUAAAUUUAUUAAGCACCUUAAAAACAUGCAGUUCUGAAACACAAAACUUAUUUUUUUCAUUAUGGGAAGAAUACUUAAAGCAAACUAUUAGAGAUAGCUUCAAUGCUGUAUCACAAUUUUGGUAUAUCAAGCAGUUGGUCCUACAUUUCAAUUUAUUUGAAUUCGAAUUAAAGGAAAUGUCGAAGCGAUUAUUAUUAUUAUUUUUAAAUCAUUUAAUCUAUCAAAAUAAUCAAUUUGAUUCAAAAGUAAUUUCAAUUUUCCAACAAUUAACAUUUAAUAUAUUUUAUGUUUCAUCAUUAUUAUUUAAUAAAAACCAAGAUCAACUACAAUCAUCAAUUCAAAAUAAUAAUGAUAGCAACAACAGCAAUACCAUUAACAAUAGUAAUAGUGGUGAUAAUAACUUAAUUAAAACUUUGGAUUGUGGAAUAUUAGUCGAUCCAUCAGUUCCACUGUUCUUAGAUUAUUUACAAUUUAUAAUUAAUAAGUUUUCAAAAAAUCAUAUAAUAUACAAAACAAUAUUGAAAUCAAUUCAACAAAUUAUAAAUAACAUAACUUUAUUAGAUUCAACAAUUCUUUUAAAAAAUAAUCAAUUUAAACCAACUAUCUCAUUAUCCACCACAAGCAAUAGUAAUGAUGAUAGCCAAAUUAUAGAUACUACAACUUUAGAAGUUUACAAUAUCCAAAUUUCAUUAGAGUUUUUAUAUAGUUUAAUAAGCAAUAGCGAUAUCCAAUCAAUCAAUGACAGCACUACAGAAACCAGUGAUAUAGAUACAAACAACAACAACAAUAAUACUAAUCUAAUAUAUAAUAAUAUCAAAGAAUUUUUAUUAAAUAUAAUGAUAAAUAAUAAUAUUAGAGAUAAUAUCAUGUCACUAUUAGUAUUGAAUGAUAUUGGGUUUAAAACAAUAUCACUUAAAUUAUUAUUAGAAAUCGAAAAGAAUAGUAUCUCCCAGAAACAAGAUGACAGCAGUUAUUGGAGCUCUCAAGAGAAAAUUGAAUUGUUAUUUACAAAUUUAUUAGAACCAAACCUCUUCGAAUCGUGUUUAGAAUUUUUACAAAUUAUAAAAUCAAGUAAUUAUGAAUUAAUAGUUGCAUCUCUAUUACAAAAAUUAGCAAUCCUUUCAGAAAAUUCAAACGAAAAUUUAUCAAACGCAAUAAUUACUUUACUAGAAGAGUUAAUAAUCAAAGAUAACCAAUUAAUUUAUCAAAUUCUAAAAUUUGUACAGUCAAAUCUAUUCAAUCACUAUGGAAACUUAAUUAAUAAUGAUAGUAAUAAUAGUUAUUAUGGUUCCACCGAUUUCGAUAGUAACUAUAUUAAUAGAAAUUUAUUAAUAUUACUUCAAAAAUUACAAAAUUUAACACCAACAUUCAGUAAUAAUAGUAAUUACUAUGGAAUAAUUAAUGAUUUAAUAUCGCAAUCACUGAAAAAUAUAAAUAAUAAUAAUUUUAAUAUACAAUUACUUCAGUAUCAAUUAAUUUCAAAUAUAAUUUUUAAUCAACCAAAAUAUUUAACAAAUUUAAAUAACGAUCACUCUAGCAACCUUAACCAACUUAAAAAAGAAUAUCAUUUAAAUUUUUAUAACAACUACAUUUACUUUUUAAUUCAAGGUAUAUUAUCAUCACAUUUUUCAGUAAGAGUUUUAUGCCAAACUAUUAUACAAGAGUUUAUAAAUCAAAAUCCACAACAACACAAGAAAAAAGUUUUAGAUUUCUUAAUUUAUAAAUUGAAAUCGUUUUCAAUUAAUUCAGAAUAUAAUAAUCAAAUCCCACUAUUAAGAAAAUCAAUUGAAUCUAUACAAAUUUCAUCAUUAUUACAAUAUAAUAAAUAA